GUAUACACGGGACUACACGGGAACAGCAUAAACAAUGCGGAUUCCUGAGGGGUUGCUGCUCUUCCUCGCCAGCGUGCCCUUUAUGACGUCAUCGCCCGCUCCGCGCCAAUCAGCGGCUGCGUCUUCGCCGGCGUCGACGCAUCACCCUCGGCGCACGCGGUUGCAGCAGUUGCAGCACACCUUCGGCAACGGAUCGCCCGUCGAGCGGGUGCUUCGCUCGGACGGAGGUCCGGGUCUCGUCCUGGGUCGUGCCAUCUUGGUUGGGGACUUCCGCAAGAACCACCACCAUCGACGACAGCACAACAAGAAACAGGUCGGCGACGACGCCGAAGACCAGAGACCUCGACGCGACUGGUGCCGCACGGCUCCUUUGAUGCAGCGCGUCUGGGAACGAGGCUGCCACUCGGCGUUGCUACGUAACCGCUACUGUUACGGACAGUGCAAGUCCUUCUACGUCCCGCACGGCUACAACGUCGCCGUUGCCGGCGCCUCGGACAGCAACAACGGCACGUCGCUGAAAGCGGUCGGCAUCGGACGCGGCGGCGUCGGGGCAUUCGUGUCGUGCGCCGCCUGCAAGCCUGUGAAGUUCCGGCCGGUACGCGUGACGUUCGUGUGUCCCGGCCAGAAGCCAGCGCUCCGCAAGAGGACGCUGCAGCGAGUGCACAGGUGUCGCUGCCUGGCGGCCGAUGCGACUUCGUGACGUCACUUAUAAAGUCAGCAACGAAGGAC